AUGCAAUUUUCCGGGAAGCUGGUAAUCAUCGCCGCGCUGGCGGUAACGGUGCUGUUGGUCAGCAACAUCAUCGCCAUCAAACCGGUUUCGCUGUUCACCCUGCCGUUCGACUUCAUCGGCAGCAACCUGUUCGUGGUUUCCGCCGCCAUUGUCUGCUUCCCCAUCGGGUACAUCAUCAGCGACAUACUGACGGAAGUUUACGGUUUUCGCGUCGCUCGCGGUGUGAUCUGGCUGGGAUUCGUGUGCAACCUGAUGAUGGUGCUCCUGUUCUGGGUCGGCGAUAUGAUGCCCGGCGCGGUGUUCUGGUCGAUCGAUCCCGUCGUGAUCUCUGACGACGCCGGCAACUUAGUCGCCAACCUGCCCAGCGAGCACGCCUACGAAGCCAUCCUUGGGGCCACCGGGUGGAUCCUCCUCGGUUCAUUCGUCGCCUACAUCGUGGGUGAGUUCACUAACGCCGCCAUCAUGGUCUUGCUCAAGAACCGCACGCAAGGCCGGAUGCUGUGGCUGCGAACCAUAUCUUCCACCGUGGUUGGUCAGGGCAUCGACUCCAUCCUGUUCUUCACCAUCGCCUUCGGAGUUUCGGGCCUGUGGAUCGGUCCCGAUGGCUCGUGGCUUCCGGUGUUCAACGCCGCCAUCUGCGCGUGGAUCGCCAAGUCGGUUUACGAGAUCGUCGCCACGCCGCUCACCUACAUCGUGGUCGGCUGGCUGAAGCGUACCGAGCAAAUGGACGUUUACGAUGCGCCGCGCUCGCUGAACCCGUUCGGCGUGUUCGGCAGCGGCGACACCAACGCCGCGGCUUCCCGAGCCUGA